CAAUUUCUUUGUUUCCGCACGAUGGUGGUGCCCGCCUCGACGCCUUCUGUGCCGCCAAGCAACGCCGCGCCGCCUCCCGGGUCCGAGACUCUGGAGGUGGCUGGCUGGCAGGUCGUCGUCGCCGACAGGCACGCGGUGCUGCCCGAAGGCAUGACGCACCUGCCGGAGCGGGCGUUCCGUGGCCGCGCCUCUCUCGUCUCGGUCGCCUUCCCGCGCAGCCUCGCCUCCAUCGGCAGCAGCGCCUUCGAGGACUGCUCCUCGCUCGUCUCCAUCGACCUCCCCGCCGGCCUCACCUCCAUCGGCGACGAAGCCUUCUACGGCUGCUCCUCCCUCGUCUCCGCCGCCUUCCCCGCCAGCCUCACCUCCAUUAGCGAUCACGCCUUCUUCCGCUGCUCCUCGCUCGCCCAUGUCACCUUCCCCGCCGGCCUCACCUCCAUCGGCGACGAAGCCUUCUACGGCUGCGAGGCCCUCGGCUCCGUCACGUUCCCCGCUGGCCUCACCUCCAUCGGCGAGGGCACCUUCUACCGCUGCUCCGCCCUCUCCUCCGCCUCCUUCCCCGCCAGCCUCACCUCCAUCGGCAAGCGCGCCUUCUACUACUGCUCCGCCCUCUCCUCCGUCACCUUCCCCGCCGGCCUUACUACCAUCGGCGGCUACGCCUUCUACGGCUGCUCCUCCCUCAUCUCUGUCACCCUCCCCGCUGGCCUCGUCUCCAUCGGCAGCUGCGCCUUCGAGGGCUGCUCCGCCCUCUCCUCCGUCACCUUCCCUGCCAGCCUCACCUCCAUCGACGACUACGCCUUCCACAGCUGCUCCUCCCUCGCCCGCGUCACCGUGCCAACCACGGCCACCCUCGGCUACACGGUUUUCGACCCUAAGACCACCGUCCUCCGCCUCCCGCCCGCAAAGAUGCGCUGGUACGAGGCGGUGGACGGGGCUCUGGCCUACAAGCGCUGCCGCCCCCUCCUCUACGGCUGGCUAGAGCGGGCCCAGACCAGGCUCGGCUCUUACGGCCCGGACGGCGCGGCGCGCCAGCGCGACCUCGAGGAGUUCGAGGGCGACUUUGCGCACCUCGCGCUCCAUGCAGACUGACAGGCGGCGUGAGCCGUGCGACGAUUGAAAUCGCUGUGACUUCGCGGUAGACUCAACGAAAGAAUAUGC